GUAAUUUCUAAUUUUAAUUUCAGGGCGAUGUUGGUCUUGCCAUGGGUAAACUGUAUGGCAAUGAUUUCAGUCAGACAACAAUUUCCAGGUUUGAAGCCCUCAAUCUGAGUUUCAAGAACAUGUGUAAAUUAAAACCACUGUUACAAAAGUGGUUGGAAGAUGCAGAUUCAUCUAUGACUAACCCUGCAGUGUUGGGAAGUCCGCAUACAUCGCCCGAUGGCAUGGGUAGGAGAAGGAAAAAGCGUACAAGCAUAGAGACAAAUGUCCGUGCUGCUUUGGAAAAGAGCUUCAUGACAAAUCCUAAACCUACCUCGGAAGAAAUUGCAAUGUUGGCUGAUCAGCUUCAAAUGGAAAAGGAAGUUGUCCGGGUGUGGUACUGCAAUCGACGACAGAAAGAGAAACGCAUAAAUCCUCCGUCACAUGCAAUAGCUGUGGCCGCAGCAGCAGCUGCCCAAAACAUGCAAAUGCAGGUCUCUCAGAAUAUGCACGCAGCGUCACCACAAAGUAUGCAUGUUACAGUACCACAAAGUAUGCAUACUAGUUUACCACAGAACAUACAUUUAACAACAACAACAGCACCACAGCAAAACAUACACACAACUACAGCACCACAAAGUAUGCACAUCACAACACCACAGUACAUACAAGCAACGUCAGCGGCACAGAGUAUGCAUGUGACUGCUGCUGCAACGGCAAUGGUGAAUGCAGCUGCAGCAAUGGCUGCGGCAGCUGCCUCCGGUACUAAUACCUCCGUUAUUAGCACUUGCCCCACUAUCACGUCCACGCCGACUUUGACGACCGUUCCAACAAUGACAGCUAUUACUGCAAGUCCCAGCAAAUAAAUUGAAUUUCAUCUCAUUUACUUACUUGUCAUCCCUGAGAAACAAUGGACUAAUCCUGUUAAGGAUAUCCACCAGGAAGAGCUUACUACAAAACAGGGAAGGCAGGAUUGCUUGUAUGACCAAACUUUUCUAUUUUUAGAGAACUUGUGGAGGACAGAUCUUGUUCCAAUAUAUCAGCCAGAAAAUUUGCAGAACUAUGAAUUUUUUUUAUAAAAAAAAUAUUGACGUGGUCAGGGUAAAAAAAAAAAGUUAGUGAAAUCUGCCAUGUGUUAUGAUGGAUGUGAGAUAGCAGUGCUUCAUUUUACUAAUGCAUUUCCGAUAAACUGAUUGUCAUAAUUAUUGUGUAACUGCUCUUGCCAUUGACAUGCUGUUAAAUUCUCCACAUGGCCAGUCCAAUUACUUUGUACUCAUUUCAAUGUACUCAAAUCUAUUUCUUAUACUUUAAAAGUUUGCAACCUUUGAACACAUGGCAUUCAUCAUUACAAGGUGUAGACAUUGCAGAUUAGUAUGGAGUGUGGGUGAUAUACUUACUGGGUAUUUGUGUAACUUCUUUUCUUAAUCAUGUAUGUACAGAAAUUCAUCCAUUCCGUUCUUGACCUUUGACCCUAACCGUGGUCGGAAGCUUACGAUUCGGGUUCUUAUGCUUCCAUUUGUAAAGAAGUCGUAUUUCCUUCCAUUAUAUAUGUAUAUGUAGCUCGUUGAUUAAAAGUGUUUUUUUUUUUUAGUUUAUCAUGUUUUUGAAGUAGAUUAGUUUUUAUCAUUUCUGUGUACAACAGAAAGUGUAAGAAAUGAACCGAAACCCUAAAUAGUUCAUUUUGACCUAUAUAUACUUCUAUCCGGCCUUAGUUUUCUUCUGACCUAGAAACGAUCCAAUAACUGAAAGAGAUACCUGUCAGAUAAGUUGGAUGUUGCUACUGAAAAAAAAAUAAAAUGGCCGUUAGUUUUUUUAUUCCAUUUUUUAUUGAAAAUAGUUUGUUGUACAAUUUUUUAAAGAGCAAACUGGCUUAUACACAGAAAGUUAGUGUGGAAACAUCACGACUGUCUUAUCCAUUUGUGGUAACUAAAAAGUAUUUUGAUGAAGCCAGCGCUACAAGUUUUUAUAUUCUAUUUACUGGCAUUGGGUAAAUAUGAAGGGUAACUAUGUCAUUAUUUACCUUGGAAGGGUUUGUAGCAUUUGUAUUUAAUAAAAACAUUGUCUGCAAUAGGUAAAUUUCUGAUAAACUGCGAGAUCUUGCGAGUUGUGUGAAAGACGCACGCCGAACGUCUACACAAAAAACAAACGAUUUGAUUUUGAGCUUGAAUUUUUUUAUUUUCAUAGUUCACAUCGAAAGGCUGGUCUUGAGUGGAAAUAUUACGCUUGAAUACCGUUACUUCAUUGAAAUUGCCCAUCGUCAAAUGUGUACAGCGUCCCCCAAAAUACUUUCAUGUUUGUCGAAUCGCACGUGAUGUUUGUCGCCGCUACAACCCUAUGACCUUUGUUUAUCCAGUUUUUACAUUCGAUUUCACGCAUAAUGCAAGAUCUUGCAGUGAACGGAAAAUAGUCCAUUGCAACACGUCCACUGUCAACUCCCGAUGUAGUACAUCAUUAUAUAUUGUCUGCAUCAUUAUGAAAACAAUUUGAAUUGUUUCUGUUUUCAAGUCGUUUUAAUUUGGGAAACUUGAACAUUGCCAGAUUGCUCAUAAAGUGAACCAAAUUGUCAUGACUGAAGUACUUUAUAUUAUCGCCUUGGAUUCAACUUGUUUAUCAUCUGUGUCUGUUUCAUUUAUCAUUCAUGUAUAAUACCAACUUUCUUGAUGUCUCUGCAAUUGUGGAAGAAUUUGGUGGUUUCUGAAAAUAUCUUCUUUUGGUGCAUACAAUAUUCCUAAAUUGGGAAAUGGCAGUGGAUGUUUUUGAAGAGGUAGUCCAAAAUUAAAUGACUUUGUGUAGAAUACUAUUUCCAUUCAGUUUUUUUGCUUCAUUGUUGCCAGUUAUCAUUGGCUGUAUUCUGUCAGUAAAUGUUUGUUAUCAUUGUAAUAGUGUGAACAAUACCAUGCCUGGUAUAGUUUACGUGACCCAAGAUGCUGUAAUAUACUUUAAUAAAUAUCAAAACCUGUUUGGCUGAAAAUAAGACUAUAUAGUAAUGACAGGUACAUGAUAGAAAUUUGCAAAAAACCCACCAAGUUUUACUUCAUUUUUUUUUUUUUAGAUCUAUGUCAUACUUUCACAUUGCUGCUACCAGUUGAAAAUAUCUUUUUUGUAUUUUUAUAGACAUUUAAGCAUAAAUUGCAUGUUAAAUUAGAAUGUAAUCUAGUGAAUGAUUAGUAGCUUGCUGCCCUCGACGAAAAAAUAAAUUAACAUGCAUGAUAGAAAGUGAUGUCAUAGCUAAAUAUGGGUGAAAUGGGCAGUGAUGUCAUGCUAGGCAUUGUGGGUAACUUGGUGAAUAGUUAUAGAAGGGAUUUUGCGUAUUUUUAUCUUAUUUUUUAAUAAUACAUUACACCAUAAUUAACAGCAUUAUAUAAAUUAAUGUAUUCAUUGUUUUAUUGUCACUAAUUAAAUUCUAGACUCGGAUACUGGUACACAUGCUGCUAGUUCAAUACUAAAAA